UCUGAACUCCCCAAAUAAACAUAAGAAAUGCAGUAAGCGUGUAUCUAUGAAACAUAGCUUUGUUGAGCCGAACGCAUUUCACCGAUUUAGCAUAAACAUUUUGUGUGUCAAAAUAUCUUCAACUAACGUCAGUUUGCUUUCGCAACAAAAAUAAGUCAAUUUUCACAUUUUAUGAAAUUAAAAUAAUAUCCGUUUAUAAAAUACCAUUUAAAGUGGUGAUUAUAUUUUAUUGACUGCUUAGCAGCAAAAAUUGAAAACAAAUAUUAGUGUCUGGUAGUUCAUAAAGAAUAUAAACAAUGGCGGAUCCACUUAGUUUACUACGCCAGUACAAUAUAAACAAAAAAGAAAUAAUCGAACGAGAUAACCAGAUAAUUUUCGGUGAAUUCUCAUGGCCUAAAAACGUAAAAACAAACUAUUUAAAAUAUGGCUCGGGUAAGAAAGGAGCGCCACGCGAAUAUUACACGUUGGAGUGUUUACUAUAUCUGCUCAAAAAUGUUAUGCUACAGCACUCAGUAUAUGUGCGACAAUGUGCAGCGGAAGAUAUUCCUGCCGUAAAUCGACCAGAUCGUAAGGAGUUGCUUGCCUAUCUUAAUGGAGAGAAUGCAACAUGUGCCAGCAUAGAUAAAAGUGCACCCCUUGAAAUACCCACGCAAGUAAAACGUCAAGCUGACGGAGAUGCACCAGGUGGCGAAUCAAUGGCUAAGAAGGCGCGGUUUGAAGAAACCCAAGUGCAAAAGGUGCGGGAACAGUUGGCAGCACGUUGGGAUGUGAACAAAAAAGAAACGACUGUCAACAUUGACAAUAUCAAAUCCCUCUCGGAAACAAUGUCUGUUGAAAAGAUUGCUGCUAUUAAAGCGAAACGUUUGGCUAAUAAACGUACAACCAUCAAACGGACAGAUAACGAAGAUGCCAUGGCUACGGAUUUGCGUGCUAUACUAGAUUAUGAUGUCGAUUCGACAAAACACAUUAUAAGUCGCGAACGACAGUGGCGCACGCGUACCACAAUAUUACAGAGUGCAGGAAAGAUGUUCGCCAAAAAUAUUUUUGCUAUAUUGCAGGGAAUUAAGGCACGUGAAGAGGGACGCAAUCGCCCGGCAGCACAGCAAGCUAUUAAGAUGCCAGAACCAGCGCGCAUAGCAAAACCACAACCUCAGCUAACGCAAUAUAAUCGUUAUGAUCAGGAACGUUUCAACAGGCAGAAAGAAGAAACCGAGGGUUUCAAAAUUGAUACAUUGGGUACAUACCAUGGCAUGUCGCUUAAAUCAGUGACAGAAGGUUCUCUGGCGCAACGCAAAGCAAACAUGGCACCACAAAUACCUGGCCGUCCCAAGGAGCUUUUGCCUACUGCUCAAGCUCGUCAAGUGGCGCCAUCGGCACAGAAACGUGUCUCUCGUACGCCAAUCAUUAUAAUACCCUCAGCUAACACCAGCCUAAUCACAAUGUUCAAUGCUAAGGAUAUUUUGCAGGAUUUGAAGUAUGUAUCAACCGAAGACAAAAAGCGAACAGGUUCUGCACGGGAUAAUGAAGUGCUAUUGCAGCGCAAACGAAACAACCAAACUGUGCCAUACCGCGUUAUCGACAACCCCCAAAAACUGUCGGCCCAAGACUGGCAACGAGUCGUUGCAGUAUUUGUUAUGGGACCUGCUUGGCAAUUUAAAGGUUGGCCCUGGGAUGGUAAUCCAGUUGAAAUUUUCUCAAAAAUUUGUGCAUUUCACUUACGUUUUAGUGAACUAAAACUGGACACCAACGUUUCAAAGUGGUCAGUGACAUUGUUGAACUUAUCGCAGAACAAGCGACAUUUGGAUCGUGCUGUAUUAAUGACUUUCUGGGAGACAUUGGAUAAAUAUAUGGCUAAAAAUAAACCAGAUCUCAGGUUUUGAAUGUACAUAGCUCAGUCGGAAGUGCAGUCGAUUAUCCGCUUGUGGCACUUUGGCUUUGUGAUGGAAAAAAGACUUGUUGUUUUUGAGUCUUUAAUAUUCAGUUACAUAAAAACCUUUCAAAAUCUAUGUUAUUAGUGUCAGAAUGGAAAUAAUUUUGAUGAUUACAUCCACAUUGCUCAUAUACAUAUAAAUAUAUAUGAAUUAAUUGUUCCCAUUUGCCACGUAUGUAAUAGCAUAUUAACAACUCAUCGUAUUAAACGGAAAUAUUUGACUUAAUGAAAAAGGUCCACUACACUGUUCUGCAAACAAAAAAAAUUUAAAAUUAUUUACGGUAGUUAUUCAAAUUAGUUGAAACAAUAAAACGUCACUUAGUUUUAUAAA